GGACGCUGGCUUCAGUUGGUCGAUGCCCGUGAGAGCAGCUUUGAGCAGAGACGCACACACACACACACACACGUAGAGAUUUGGAACAAUGGGCGCGCCUGCCAACAGCGUUUGGCUGCCGCUAAUGCUCAUGGUGAUGAUGAUCAGCAUGGCCACGGCUCAGAGCAAUGAUACGUCUGCAAAUAGCAAUGCGAUGGAUGGCAGCAUUUCCACCACCAGCAUUGCCCCAGAUCUGGUGGUUAGCGGUGAUCUGAGUAAAGCCGCUCGUGUCGAGCAGCUGAGCUCCGAGCUGGAGCCCAACAUGGUGAGCGACGAGAGUGCAGCCGAUGCGAAUGGUGGCGAGAGGAAUCCAAAUGCGAAUGCGAUGAGCACUCCCAAGAGCACCGAGGGUCAGUACGAUGUGAUCGAUGUGAUGGCCGCCACCAGUGCGGGCGUGGGCAAGCCCAAGAGUGGCCAGACCACACGCAUCUAUACCACGGGCGAUGUCAACGAUGAUUUCUGGCUCAAGCAUUUGGGCGAUGACUUCAAGCAUGCGAUACAUCUGCAGGUGGGCGGCACCAACGACGACUACAAUCGCAUCAUCAAUCAGACGAGCAGCGGCGGCGUGCACGAGGAAGUGCAUCAUGAGUACUUGCCGGGAGCAGAGCGGCCGCCAGAGGUGCAACAGCAGCAGCAACAACAACAACAAUUUGCACAACCGAAUUUGAUCAGUCAGCUGAGUCUCGAUGGCGAGGCGAUGGCACUGAAGCAGAAUUAUUUGAGGCAACAGGAGCAGCUGCGUUAUGCGCAGGCGAAUGGUUACGCAACCCAACACAGCUCACGCUACACACACCCACACAACAACAAUAACAGACGCAUGCAAAGUCAGCAGCAACACACACACACAUACGUUACACACCAACAACAACAACAACAGCCAGAGUUACACCAACACCAACAUUCACACCAACAGUUACACCAACACCAACACUCACACACACGCACACGCAACAAAUCGCGCCAUUCACUGCGAAAUCGUUACAAACAACAACAGCAGCAGCCGCCGCCAUCGAGCAUCAUCAACUCCAGCGAGGACACUUUGCAUGCAGCUCAAUCGCAGGCCACGCCCACCUCUGCCGCUUCACCCAACAGCAGCAGAGGCAGUUCGUUGCGAGGCGACGAUGCCGCCCACAAUGAUAAUCCACUGCCAUUUAAGUCACCAUUCAAUGACUACGGCAGUCGGCCCACCCGCGAUCUCACCUAUUUGCUCUACAAGCGUGGUCUCUGAACACACACACACACAUACACACACUCAUACACAAACACACAGCCCUAUUGCCUA